AUGGGAAUUGAACAAGAAAGAUUUGUGGAUGUCAAUCCAGAACUCGUCUGCUGCAUUUGCGCUAAUGUUUUGGAAGAUCCAAUUGAGUCGCCUUGUCGACAUGUCUUUUGUUCAGAAUGCAUUACAAGGUGGCUGGAUAUGAGAACAACUUGCCCGACUUGCCGUCAGCCGUUGAAAAAUUCGCAGAUGAAACCUGCGCUGCCACUUCUGAGAAAUAUAAUCGCCAAACUACGAAUUCGUUGUAAUUUCAUCGAAGAGGGAUGCAACGAGAUAGUAGACUUUGAACAACUAGGAAGUCACGUUCGCUCAUGCCCGUACGCUCCAAUGACGUGCGAAAACGAGGGAUGUCACGAAAGUUUUCCUAGAAAAGACAGCUGUCGACACAAGAAAGAGUGCCCCUUUAGACGAGUUGUCUGUACUGCUUUUUCUAAUCGUGGCUGUGGCAUGGAAUAUAAAUUAUGUGAAGCAGCUGACCACAACUGUGUCGAGAGUUUGAAAAGUUUGGUCAGAGGUGUGUAAACUGGUACGGUACUACUACAAUCAUGGACAAAAGUCUUGGGACACUUUUGCGUUUCUGGGGCGUUUUCCAAUUCACACAGGUCCAACCCCUCCCCUCACCCCACAAACAAUGUUGGACGUGUGUAUCCAGAAUUUUUUCCGAGUUUCAACUUUGUAUAGGGUGGUGGGAGGGAGAACUGCAAGAAGAUUUCGAAAAGAAUGCACUGUUUUAAGAGGGAACUGAGAAAUGACAGAAAAAUAUGAAUAUUGCAGUACUGUCCCAAGGACUUUUGUCCAGGAUUGUAGUGGUACAAUUAGCGAUUAUUAGAUUUGACACCUUCACUUACCGUAUUUGGAAGAUGUAGGGCAAAACUAACUGAUUCGAUAGGUCAUUGCCCUAAUUCCUUGCAAAGGGAGGUUUAUAAUCUUGUCAGAAUUCGCAUCGCAUGUAACUCCCAUAACAAUCAGCAAGUGAAGUGUGAUCUUGCUUUGGCCAUAAAUAUCUCUCUCUAUUGGUUAAGGCGAAUCCAGUUGCCUAGCAACAAGGCAGCAUUUAAACAAAACCACCACAAACCUGGCCUGGUUGUUUUAGCAAGUGUCUAAGAGGUCUAGAAAUGCUUUUAAUGAUAAAUUUCGAAGGUAGAGGUACAGUGGAACCCCGCUCUGUAGACACCUGUAUAAAUUAUAAUGAACAGUUUUGUUUGUCCUAAUGAAAAGCUCAUAUAUUUUCUCUAAAAAUAACUAUCUUAAAUGGACAUUGGCUAAUACAGUCAAAAGACAUUUUCCCGUGUGCCGAGGCACAAACUCCCACAAUUUAUAUCAUCAACUCCACUUUACAGACACUGUUCAUCUGGGGACUGCCCACGUGUAGGUUCUGUCUUAUAUUUAGUCCACCUGGCUGAGACACAAGCUAAAAGCAUCAGAUUCCAUACAGAUUCCAUUGUCAUGUUUCAAGAACAACACUUAAGGCUAGAGGUAAUUUUAGUUUGAAACUAUGAUAAUCGAUCAUGAGGUUUCUCCGGCAUUAACUUGAUACAGUUGCAAUAGGCCUUUUGCAUUAGUUGAUCACGAGAUCAACUUUUGGCAAACACAAAAACAGUUCGCUUUUGAAAAAUUUUAAUAGCAAGAGCUGAAAGAGCAUAUCAAAAUUUAUUAACCUGUAAAUUUUCAGCCGUAUAUCUCAAAAGUAGCCAUUGCAAUGGCAGCCGAAUAUUAGAAGGAUUUGUCUGAGAAAAACAAUUUUUGCCACCCAGUCACACUUGAAUGGUUUUCCAUACAAAUCCUUGUAAAUUUUGAAAUUUUCAAACGUUGUUAAACCUUUCCCUUAAGCAUUUAUUUAGUUUUUCUGAUACAAAUCCUUCUAAUUUUUGGUGGCCAUUGCAAAUGCUACUUUUGAGAUAUAUGGCUGAAAAUUUGCAGGUUACCUAAUUUUAAUAUGCUCUUUCAGCUCGUGCUGACAAAAGUUUCCAAAAAUGAACUGUUUUUGUAUUUACUGAAAGUUGAUCACGUGAUCAACUAAUGCGAAAGGCCUAUUAAGAAUUUAAGCAAGGUUUUCUUGUAAAAAUAUCUGCUUUAGCCGUUAUAUUUAUAAAACAUGAAAUCCUUGACGUUUUUUUGAGAGCCUGCUUGAUACAGACGACACCAUAGCAUGCUGUCCCCUUGGUAUCCAUAUCAACCGGCUUCCACUGUACCUUUAACAGAAAGUGGAUGUGAUUUGGACCAUUAGCUUCAAAAUAACAGCUAAUAUCUAGGUACAAAAACAUAUGUUUCGCAUCCUACUUUGCAGAUGAGUUGUAUCAGCUUUGUUGGUCAUUUGUUUGUUUAAAAUAUUUGGUUUUUUACCGUCAAAAGCCCAGAGUUAUUUCCUUGACAUAUAUAUUUGAAUUUGUGUUCAAUACGGCUCGAUCAUCAACAAACAGCAUGGCAGGCGGAAGUUCCAUGGAAAAGGCUUUAAAUCAAAUUCUUUUCUUGCCAAUUAUAUAAAAUUAUCCUCAGUAGCACAGUAGUAAAGGAAAGACUGACUGAACAGGACGUGUGGGGUUCAAUUCCUGAUUAAACAUUUUUUUCUUUUGUUGUCGUUUUGUUAUGGUUGCUUUUUUUUUCUCAUAUAUUUUCUUUUCCCUUUUGGAAUUCCCUUUCUUUCUACUUCUGGCCCUUAGCCUCUCCUUUGCGAGGCUCAGCAAGUCACAUAUGUCUCGUAUAAAAAUUAAUAGUGACCUUGUUUCCAGGCAGUGACGAGGUAGCCUUACAUGUAGCAGUUUAACCUUGUCUUGACUAAACUCAACAUAUGUCAAAAGAGUUUACAGGUAUCCAAAGAUGAAAUAGCUAAAUGUCUGAUUAAAACUGAAUGGAAGAAAUGCAGGUAUAUUCCAUUAAUAUCGCUUGAUGGAUGUCAUUUUACGCACUUAUCAUUUCAAACCCUGUGGUGGGGAGGGGGAGAGGGAAUGCCAACAAUAGGUGGGGAUUUCACAGCAGUCCAUUCCCUCAGUGGAGGCAAGUACCUUUGCUUUAGUUCUUUUUGGUUGAGACUGGGACCAAGUUUUGAGUGUGGUUACAUAGUAUUCUCCUCCUUGGCUGUGAAAAGGUGUAUAAUGUAGGUCAUGCAUCAUGUUGUCUGUCUAAUGAGAGACAUUGGUUAAGUAGAUGAAAAAUGUUCAUCAUCAUUGUCAUGUUUAAACAGGGUGUGUUCUCACAAAAUGGUUUAAAUUAAAGGUUGUGCGAUUUGUAACAAGUUGAAUUCUAGUCCAGAGCCUCUUUAAUUACUAUAGUGGUCAUUAAUCCAUUUUAGUCCCAGUUUAAAUCUGUUUAACAGUCUGUUCCAGGUCAAAGGAUUGGUGACUUUUCCAAGUCAUGACUCUGAGCUUGAACUUGCUAAAAGAUUUAGUGCAAUUUCCACUGAUAAAAUCAGCACAUUAAGGUUUGCUAUUAAUAAUGUGCCGUCUAGAACUCUCUCAAUACCUUAUCAAGAACACCCUUUUAAACAUGUUUGCUUGGGUAAUUGGAAAUUAAUUUUUUUUUAUUUUUCUGAGGUAGAGGCAUCNCCUACUUUGCAGAUGAGUUGUAUCAGCUUUGUUGGUCAUUUGUUUGUUUAAAAUAUUUGGUUUUUUACCGUCAAAAGCCCAGAGUUAUUUCCUUGACAUAUAUAUUUGAAUUUGUGUUCAAUACGGCUCGAUCAUCAACAAACAGCAUGGCAGGCGGAAGUUCCAUGGAAAAGGCUUUAAAUCAAAUUCUUUUCUUGCCAAUUAUAUAAAAUUAUCCUCAGUAGCACAGUAGUAAAGGAAAGACUGACUGAACAGGACGUGUGGGGUUCAAUUCCUGAUUAAACAUUUUUUUCUUUUGUUGUCGUUUUGUUAUGGUUGCUUUUUUUUUCUCAUAUAUUUUCUUUUCCCUUUUGGAAUUCCCUUUCUUUCUACUUCUGGCCCUUAGCCUCUCCUUUGCGAGGCUCAGCAAGUCACAUAUGUCUCGUAUAAAAAUUAAUAGUGACCUUGUUUCCAGGCAGUGACGAGGUAGCCUUACAUGUAGCAGUUUAACCUUGUCUUGACUAAACUCAACAUAUGUCAAAAGAGUUUACAGGUAUCCAAAGAUGAAAUAGCUAAAUGUCUGAUUAAAACUGAAUGGAAGAAAUGCAGGUAUAUUCCAUUAAUAUCGCUUGAUGGAUGUCAUUUUACGCACUUAUCAUUUCAAACCCUGUGGUGGGGAGGGGGAGAGGGAAUGCCAACAAUAGGUGGGGAUUUCACAGCAGUCCAUUCCCUCAGUGGAGGCAAGUACCUUUGCUUUAGUUCUUUUUGGUUGAGACUGGGACCAAGUUUUGAGUGUGGUUACAUAGUAUUCUCCUCCUUGGCUGUGAAAAGGUGUAUAAUGUAGGUCAUGCAUCAUGUUGUCUGUCUAAUGAGAGACAUUGGUUAAGUAGAUGAAAAAUGUUCAUCAUCAUUGUCAUGUUUAAACAGGGUGUGUUCUCACAAAAUGGUUUAAAUUAAAGGUUGUGCGAUUUGUAACAAGUUGAAUUCUAGUCCAGAGCCUCUUUAAUUACUAUAGUGGUCAUUAAUCCAUUUUAGUCCCAGUUUAAAUCUGUUUAACAGUCUGUUCCAGGUCAAAGGAUUGGUGACUUUUCCAAGUCAUGACUCUGAGCUUGAACUUGCUAAAAGAUUUAGUGCAAUUUCCACUGAUAAAAUCAGCACAUUAAGGUUUGCUAUUAAUAAUGUGCCGUCUAGAACUCUCUCAAUACCUUAUCAAGAACACCCUUUUAAACAUGUUUGCUUGGGUAAUUGGAAAUUAAUUUUUUUUUAUUUUUCUGAGGUAGAGGCAUCCAAAAAGAAACAGUAGCGAUGCGAGUUACCCUUGCUUCAUAGAUGCUAGUGUUCUAUACACUGAAUACAUCUUACCAGCACAGGCCCACAUUGAGAACAGGUUCUUAAAGAAUUUUUUUGUUUUGUCGUCAUUAGGUUUGGAAAGUAGGGUAGCUACACUUGAACAAACAUUAACUGAAUUGAGACAGGAUAUGCAGGAACUGAAACAACAACAAGCAAGAACCAACCAUGUAACACAGGAAACUAGGAAUACUAGAAAUAGCAGCAGUGCUAUAGCAGGCCAGCAGCAGGAUGGAGACUCUGGAUUGAUUUCAUUGCUUUCUGAUGAUGAAGAAGAAAAUGAAAACCAGCUGUGGACACCAAGAACAAAUCUGAUCCAAGGGAUUAUUGCCGAUCGCGAAGGCUCGACUAGCAGUACAUUAGUCAAUCUUAUUGCAAGAGAUUUGCAAGAACUACAACAAGAAACUCUUAACCAGUUAGAAUUGGAUAGGACUCGUCGUCUGUCAAGAGCUUUGCGGCAGUCUGCUUCUGAAGCUAGAAGACACAGUAGAAGCCGGUCGCCAGUUGUUAGGAGAAACAGGGAAAUCUCUCUCGAUGUGGAUGGCACUCCUCCAAGACGACAGUCACUUCAAGCUCCUUCUAGUGCAUACACUCAGACUUCAUCAAGUGGUAACAUCACACAAGAACAAGGUACCUUACCAGUUGUACAUUCAAGAGUAAGAGCAAUGAUUAGGCCAACUAGUAUUGAAGACGACGUUUCUAGUCAAGUGGAUUCGGAGGAGAACAUAGCAGGCUCUUCAGAUGAAAGUGAUCAACACCAUACCGCAGAGAGUAGCUCAAGUGAUUUCAAUGCUGAAAGCCCUCAGUGGUCUCCAGACCACUCUCCUUCAUGUUCUUCAUCUGAUGAUUUUGGUGAAAUGGAUGGUUGGUGGAGGAACCUAGUUAACAGCUAUUCCAGCAGAUCAGCAACCUUAAGCAGUGGUGUAUCUUACCUUAGAGCAAACUUUCAUUAA